AUGGCAGGCUGCAAGGGCCUGCCUCAGGGUGAUGUCUUCUCACCUCUGGCCCUCGCGGCCUGUUUGGUGGGCCCCUUGAACCAUGUCCAGAGUCUCACACCGGAUGCGAGGUCGCUCCUCUAUUUGGACGACAGAACGCUGGUUGCUAGAAGCUGUCCGGCGCUUAAACAAGCUCUGAAGCUUUGGAACGAGUUGGAGGCCGUCACUCGGCUCAAAACUCAUGAGGCCAAGACCCAAAUUGUGGGUAGAAACUUUGGUGCUUUUCUUAAUCUGCAGAGGCACGGAUACAAGGCCUCUACGGUUGGAGAGGCCACCCUGGCUUGCGUGCUCAUUGCUCCGAAAGCCUUGUGGGGGUGUCUCUUGCAGGGAAUUGGAUGGCAGGCGUCGAGAGACAAGUGGCUUGCGUCCACAGUGGUAGACACGUUGACUAAUGGCACUGGCGGCCAAGGCAUUACUGUUAUGAUUGCAAAUGUGCGAUCACUCCGCACUUGUCUCAUUUGUUUUGGGAUUGUGCUGCGUGCCAGCACCUGCGAUCACAGCCCAGACCCAGGCCAGCGUUGGCCGGGAGACUGGGUUGGCGUGGACAGCCCUACGCAGCUGAGGUACCUGUGUUGCAGCAAAUGGCAGCUAUCCGCAAAGCUGAGGUGGCUUCGAGGCGCUCUCGUGACAGCUGGCUCGGCUGGAGUUUUCAGCAACGACGACCUGGUGCAGCUGACGCAGCUGCCGGCGAGACUGUGUUCGUCCUGGGUGGCACUGGUGCAGCCAAAGCUGGCCCGGCUGGUGACGCUACAGGAAGGGAAGCCUGGUCGCUUGACCCUGGAUGAUCGGCGUGGCCUCACUCUGGCGUUUGCCGAACCCAAGUCAGUCAUUCGAGCCCGGUGCAGCGGCGCCGUCAGCGCAUCACGUGGUGCAGCCGCUCAGCCGCUUCUGCAGUCGAAGUUGCCGACGAGUCUGCAGAUGAGGCCGCCGUUGGUCCUGGCCUGGCUUCUGCGUCUGUUUCUGCAGAGGAGCCUGCACUUCUUCCUUGCCUGGCUCCCGCUACAGCUUCUGCAGAUGAGUCUGCAGUUCUUCUCGGCCUGGCUACAGCAGGUGCGUUUGCAGCUUUUCCUGGCUUGGCUACAGCUACUGCUGCUGCAGAUGAGUCUGCAAGUUUUCCUGGCCUGGUUACAGCUACUGCUGCUGCAGAUGUGUCUGCAGGUUUUCCUGGCUUGGCUACAGCUACCGCUUCUGCAGAUGAGUUUGCAAAUCUUCCUGGCCUGGUUACAGCUACUGCUGCUGCAGAUGUGUCUGCAGUUUAUCCUGGCUUGGCUACAGCUACAACUUCUGCAGAUACGUCUGCAGUUUUUCCUGGCCUGGCCACAGCUUCAGCUUCUGCAGAUGAGUCUGCAGGCGUUCCUGGUCUGGCUACAGCAGCUUCUUCUGCCGAGCCUGCAGUUCUUCCUGGCCCGGCUACAGCUACAGCUCCGGAAGGAGCUCUCUUGGACUACGGGUAGACUGUGGCGAUGGUUGCUGCAGACUCUCACCCUUAUCACAAACUUUAGCGGCGAGCGCAUCCACCUCCAGUGCUACGAGUACAUUGUCCAGUGCUACGAGUACACGGUCGCCGCGGGUGCGCGCGAGGAGCGUCCUUCUGAUGCUUACUUUGACUGGCUCAAGGAUCAUUUGCUCGACUUGGAGGGCGGAUCUUCGCAGGUGCCUGCCGAUAACGGUCUUGCCCUCGCUAAGGCCCUUUUGAGCGGUCUCAAGCAAUGCCUCAACAAAGGCGGUUCUGAAGACGACGUUCUUGGUAUCUUGGCUGAUGCUUUCCAAAACAAGGCUGUCGGUCUCCUAUCGCGUCAAGUGACCCCUGUUGAACCACCGCGUGCUCAUGAAACUUGGGAGCGUGAAGGUUGGGAGAACUGGAGUGAUGAAGAUUGUCGCCUGCAGGAGUGGUCGGAGCAUGAUUGGGACUAUGCCAAUGCCUCUUGGCCUUCACCUACGGCUGUGUCCAAACCUGCCCGGUCUGUUAUGGCUAAAAAAUGGGAUAAUCACUCAGAGUAUUGGCGCAAUCCCCUUGGCUCUGGGAAACCGUCCAAAGCCGAGGGCUGGCCUUCGCUUGAAAGUCGUUACUCGUCGGUUGCCACUGGUGUACGUAGUGCCGAUUGGAAGUCAGACUGCCCGCCUAAGCUGAUAGGCUACUUCGGUCUCAAACAGUCUCUGCUGAAUGGCAAGAUGCCUGAGGGAAACCUGGUUGAGAUUUGGGAUGAAACGUAUCUUGAUGAGCUUAUCUGCUUGUGGGAAAGCUUUGAUGAUCCGUUCGCCUGCACGGUGCUGUUGUCGGGGCAUGCUUGUCGUCGUGAUGGUGCCUUGGUUACGCAGUUGUCCAUCACGCGUGGUUCCUUUGGCCCUGCGCUCGAAAAGGUUGGUUUGCUCAAACUUGGUGAGAAGAAUGGCCCUUGGAUGCCGCGUGAAACUACGGUUGUUGCUAAGGACAAGGUCCCUCAGAUCCCCACUGAUCGCGCUACGAUCCGCAUUACUGCUCCUGCGGCUUACCGUCAGUCUUUCCGUGCUCAAGACAGUUCUGAAGAGUCGGCUUCCGAUGUGGUCCGUGAUCUUGCGCUUUCCAGUGGCGUUCCUGUUGCUCAGUUGCUUGGUGGCAAUUGGUCGGUGCGCACUGUUGGUGAGUCGAACUCCUUGGUCGGCUUCUUGCGUGUCAAGGAAGCUACUGCUAAGCAGCUGUUGAAUGCUGGUGGUAUGCGUGGUAUCUUCGUUGCCCGUGUGGGUAAACAAGCUGCCGCUUCUGAGUCCAAGCCCUUCUGGACGAAAAGGCUUAAAGAUGAGUCUCGAGAGUCUUACUUCCGCAGAGUCCUUGGGCUCUCCAAGAAGCGAGCGCAGCCUAUCAUACAUCGCUCAGGUGGAGGCUCUGACCUUGGUUUUCCUGCUUGGCUUGAUGGUGAUGCGCUUGAGGCUCGGCCUAAACACGUCCUUGUGCGUAGCGUGCCGCGUGCUUGGGUUGAUGAGGACGUGGUGUCCUUCCUUGCUGGCUUGAGUUGGUCGGAGGUCAAAGUGACCUCUCGUGUGCGCGGAGUUUGGCAUGUCAUGGCUACGCCCCCUCCGUCUGAUUUCCCGGUUUCCAGUUGGAAGUAUAGCUUGGAAGGAUCUGAACCAGCUUGUGUCAUUGAAGUGCAGGUCGCUGAGUCUUCUGCCCGAAAAGUUGCGGUUGUUGCGGCUGUUAAGGGCCCGUCACGUCGGCUUGCUAAAGAGACUUCAACUGAAAAAGUGGUGGCUCCGGCUGCUACGAAAGUUGAGCGCGCCAGAAGUCCCGCCCCUACGCAGCUUGACCCGCCUGGUGACGGUGACGGUGAUGGCCGCGGCCGUAGUCGUAGUCGUGAGCGUAAGCCUCCGAAGGAAGCGGCUGAAUCCUCCAACCCCGAGUCGUCCAUUGGUGCUCUUGCGCCAGAGCCGAAGAAGGCUAGAGGGAACAAGACGUUGCAUGAUCCUGAUGCUGCUGUGCUCAGCGGUUGGAAGGUUGUCGACCUUCAGGGUGUUGGUGACUGUUUCUUUCGCUGCAUGGACUAUCAUCAAGCACGAAGACAGAAGCCUCAGAAGCUUUUCAACAACACUGAGGCGCAGACUAAGGGCGCAUGGAUUCGAGCUCAGGCUAAGUUGCACGCUCAGAACCACCCGGAAACUUUUUCAGCCUUGUUUGACUCCGAUGCAAAGUUUAAGAGCUGGCUCACCAAGGUGGGUAAGAUGACCACUUUUGCUGAAGGAGCAAUCAUUCAAGCUGUCUCCGAAAAGCUUGGUUGCCCAAUCGUUGCCUGGGUGAAGGAAGGGUGUUGGGAACGUUUCGUCGUCUCAGGUCGAUUCGCCAGCUCCUACGCUUGUUGUGAUGCCGGUCAGUCGCCAGCUGUUGUUUUGCUUGAAAACAAACACUUCACGGUGCUCACACCACCUACUGUUGACGGGGCUGAGGACACGGUUCCUUAUGCUUGGCUUCGUGAGACCCCUACAAUCGUCUUGGACCUUACGGGAGGUAUGGUGGCCGAUGAAGCGGUUGACGAACCCGCUGAGGCUCUGUGUGAUGGUGAGCUUGGUGGAGAAGCUACUCCUUCGUUGCACUCGCUUGUCUUCUCGCGUGAGGGUGAUGCGCGUUCUGAGGGGCUCACCCAGCCUCCCCUGCUGCCCGCGUUGGCAGAACUCUGUGGUGGACGUGCGAAGCCGAAGGGUGUUCAUGGCACUUCCGCUCCGGAUCUGCGAAAGAAGGUGAAUGUGAAUUUGGUCCCUAAGCGUAUUGAAGCUUCGCGCAAAGCUCAUGACCGGAGAUGGGAGCUGAUGUACAAAGCCUACCGCGAAAAGCCUUGGAAGGGAGCUCACUCCAUCAAUUGCGAGGCUGAUGCGUAUGACUCGUACAUUAUCAAGUCCGGAGCCAAGGCUGGCCAGGCGCUUCAUCGUUGCCUUCGGUGCGGGGUGCUUGUCCGUAGAAACAAGCUACCGGAGAGUGUCUGUGAGCUCGAUGCCAAGAGAGGAAACAAGCUAACAAAGAGGCUGGAGGUGGCCGACGUGCAUGUCUUAAUUGCUCAGGAGCUCAAUUUGAGCCAACAAGCGCUGGCAGGUGCUUCCCAGGAGGCCAAACGGCUUGUAUGGCAAGCUGUGCUGGUUCCCAAACCAAGGUCCAGAAGAGGUGGUGUUGGUCUCUUUGUACGGCGGCCGCGCGCUUUCCUCGAGUUAGAGCGUACUAGUACUGAGGAUGCACAGAGUGUCUCGGCCCAGCUUCUCGGGCUUUCUACACGUCUCAUCGUGACUGGCUUGUACUCGGCCCCGAAGGCCGAUCCUACCACUCUCUUCGCUCAGGCAAACCAGUGUGAAGCUCUCUCAGGCGUUCCAUGGAUUGUAGGACUUGACGGCAACAUCAACAACAUGGAAGCCGGGCAGUGGCCUGAGGCUAUGCGCCGCGCUGGGGGCUUGCUUUGCGCCAAGGCUCGUCACACCAACCGAAGUAAGUAUGCUAUCGACGGCAUUUGGGCCUCAGAAACUUGCCCCGCUACGUAUGGUGCCGAAGUUGCCAACUCGGGCGGUGACCACAGCAUUGCCGAAAGUCACUUUGACCUCUCGGUGCCCCCCUGUGUUCCGGAGUGGCGGUUUGCCAAACCACCCCGCGAUGCAGGCGCCGAUGCGGUCUUAAGAACAGCUUCAUGGCAGGACUGUGCUUCCUCCAAGGAAGAGUGGACUAAGGCUCUCGACGAUCUAAACGACGCUUGUAGUCUGUGGUGCAAAGACGCUCAAAAAUGGCUUUCGCGGUCAGGUGGCUUAGCGGGCAGCGCCUAUGAGCGCGAUCUGGGCUCAAAACCUAGCCUCAGGAGUGGCAACCACAAGCUUUCUUCGAGACAAGCCAUCGGCGAAAGACAACUUCGGCGUCAUAUCCGUAGAUUGAAAGAAGCUAGGCUCUUCCAGCAGAAAGGUCUCCAGGUCCCCCUGCCCUUGCUCAAAGCCCUUUCGCAUGCCAAGCUGCCUGCCCAGGAAACUAGUGAUGUUCGCUCUGCUAGAUUUGGUAGCGCCCUUUCCGCUGCUAGUGACAGGCUCCAGGUCCUUCUUAGGGAUAACUACAGACAGGCCAUCAAAACUUGGAAGGCUCGCAUUCACACCACGCAUGGUGCUUGCAGAUGGCUGAAGCGUGAAGAAGCCAUACCGAGCAUCCUUCAGGACGAGCAAGGCCGUACCCUUUGUCAACCUGCUGAGGCUGUCAAGGCGCUCCACAACUUUUGGGGCCACACAUUCGGGUGUGGGCCUCACCAAGGUGCAGAUGUUGAGGCCUUUUGGGACCUCUUCGGUCAGUAUGUUGGUCAGCCUUCGGUUCCUUUCCCUGAGCUUCCUCCGCUCAAAGGCGAAGACCUAAGGACCAUGGCUCGGAAGAAUGCUUCCAAAGUUGCAGGCUUAGAUGGUCUGUCGCCUCGUAUGGUGUCUUGGCUCCCCGACGAAGCCUUGGAGCGUUUGGCGGAACUCCUGAAUGUCAUCGAAACCAAAGGAGUCUUUCCUGACAACCUGAAAUAUUGGAAAAUUGCUUUCAUCCCCAAGAAACGCAAAGGCCGUAUUGCGAAGUUGGGUGAAGUACGGCCCCUGGCCAUAGGGCCUUGUCUCUACAGAAUAUGGGCAUCGCUCCGUCUGCAAGCCUUAGCUCCGGCCUUGUCCACUUGCCUUCCCCACCAGUCGGGGGGGUGCCAAGGUCCUGAUGCUGAGACCUUAGUUGCUAGCUUUGAGUUGGAGUUCCCUCAAACUGAAUGGCAAUUUGCAGCUAUGCUUGACUAUGCCAAAGCCUUUGACUCCUGUGACGUCGGCCUGUGCAUCCGCUUGUUCGAGCUUUUGAAAUUCCCCGUUGCAGUUACAAACUUGCUGCGCGAUCAAUGGUUUUUCCACUCGAGAUGGCUUAGUUUUUCUGGUGCCACUCACCCGGAGGCUCUCUGGAACUAUAAAGGUUUGCCACAGGGCGAUCCUUUCGCCCCGGUGGCGUUAAGCCUGCUUCUGACGCUCCCUGCCAAGCACGCUGCCCGCUUAGCUCCUGACAGUGCCACCAUUCUGUACCUCGAUGAUCGCUCGCUGCUGGCUAAGUCCAUGGAGCAACUCGUCGCUGCUAGAGAAGCCUGGUGUCAACUCGAAACUUGCACCAGAUUUCGCACGCAUAACGGUAAAACCCAACUUCUUGCUCGCACUGAUUCUGCUCUCGUUGAGUUUCAGCAGGCCGGGCUUGAGGCUGAACGCUCUGCGAGUAUGUUGGGUGUUAGUGUCGGGCACGCGGACGGCAUGACUGCUGAUGAGCUUGAGAGGCAAGCUAAGACUUUGAAGCUUGCUGCCAGACUUGAGUGCUUGCUUCUUUCUCAUAAGUUCAAGACCACCUUGGCUGCAACUGUCUUUUCGCCGGCAGCGUGCUGGGGAGCUCUGCCUUGUGGUCGCGAACUUACCAAGGACCAAUGCCGCAAGUACCAGGAGGCCUUCAGAUGUGCCGUCAAAGGCAGCGAGUCUGCCUAUGACAGGGCCAGCCGACCACUUCAGCAGGUCAUCACUUUGAGCCAUAGGUCAGACAUGCAACUGGUUGCUGCUCAGGCGGUGCUCAGGACUCUUGGUCGUUGGACUAAGGGCAUGGUUAAGCGAGGCGCGGCGCCUACUGAGGUGGAUGUUCGGGCCUCGGCUAUCGGCAAGGCCCUUGAGAGAACCCUAGCUGCGUGGGCCUGGAGCCGUAAUCCCCGUCGUUGGGGACAGUGGGGCAAAAGAGCUGCGGUCUGGAGCCUCACUGCCCCCAAGCAGGAGCAACGCAAAGCAAAGCAUGCCCUGCGCGAAUCUUGGAGACUCUGCAAGGUUUCUGAGUGGCUAGAGCACCCUAAAAGGAGAGACUCGGAGCUGGCUCGUAAUGCCGGCGUUGUGGCCAGUCCUGCCCUAGUAAAGAGACUGCAUCGCAUUGCCCAAGACUCUGAGCUUGGAGGCCAUGAGCUUUCGAUCAUGUCAGGCGGUAUGUCGACUGAUGCAAGAUGGUGCCCGGCAGGCACCCAACGUAGCAGAUGCGAGGAUUGUGGACAAGAUCUAUGCCCAAGUGUUGAUCACAUCUUGUGGGAUUGCCCUUGUAGCGAUUAUGCCAGUCUGAGGCUUUUGCCGAAGCCAAGAUCAGUCAUCCGAGCCCGGUUGGGCUGGAGUCCAGCCCCCCUGAGGACCAUCAGAGAAGAGCUGCAGAUGAUCAAGCAGCUUGGCAGCAUCCGCGCUGCUGAGGUGCAACGUCGCCGUCAGCGCGUCACGUGGUGCAGCCGCUCACCAAUCGAUGUUGUCGACGAGUCUGCAGAUGAGGCCGCCGUUGGUCCUGGCCUGGCUUUUGCGUCGGUCUCUGCAGAGGUGCCUGCAGUUCUUCCUGGCCUGGCUCCCGCUACAGCUUCUGCAGAUGUGUCUGCAGAUCUUUCUGGCCUGGCUACAGCAGGUUUUCCUGGCUUGGCUACAGCUACUGCUUCUGCAGAUGUGUCUGCAAGUCUCCCUGGCCUGGUUACAGCUACGGCUUCUGCUAAAGAGUCUGCAGUUUUUCCUGGCUUGGCUACUGCUACAGCUUCUGCGGAUACGUCUGCAGUUCUUCCUGGCUUGGCUACAGCUACAGCUUCUGCAGAUGUGUCUGCAGUUCUUCCUGGCCUGGCCACUGCUACAGCUUCUGCAGAUGAGUCUGCAAGUCUUCCUGGCCUGGUUACAGCUACGGCUUCUGCUAAAGAGUCUGCAGUUUUUCCUGGCUUGGCUACAGCUACAGCUUCUGCGGAUACGUCUGCAGUUCUUCCUGGCUUGGCUACAGCUACAGCUUCUGCUAAAGAGUCUGCAGUUUAUCUUGGCUUGGCUACAGCUACUGCUUCUGCGGAUACGUCUGCAGUUUUUCCUGGCCUGGCUACAGCUACUGCUUCUGCGGAUACGUCUGCAGGCUUUUCUGGCCUGGCUACAACUACAGCUCCGGAUGGAGCUCUCCUGGACUACGGGUAG